AUUUGGUAUACUAUUUUUUUCUAGAUCUAGAUAUUGUUUUGUUUCUGUGCAUUGUGUGUGUUUUUAUAAAGUGUGAAGUGACCAAUUUUGAUCCAUGUCUUCGGAAUCGUUUUUGUUUUACGAUUCAAUCGAUUCAGCACUCGCCCGAAUCACCGAUUCAUUGUCCAACCGCCGUGGUUCGGUCGAUUCAAAAUCUAAAGAACUUACGAAGGAACAUCUUCUGGAGCUAGAAUCACUAUUCGGCCGUGCCUUGCUCAGUCGAGUGCUAACCUUAAUACACGGUAAGAAGCCCAUCAAAUUGUACCGCACUCCAAACGGUGCCGGCCGACUGUACGAAGUGCCCGGUUCCAAGCUCACCGUAGUGUACAAAGUAUUUCUUGGUAUCAAUUUCUGUACGUGUGAGUCGUUUCGUUACUGGGUCCUGCAGCAGCGCCACCAAGCUACCUGUAAGCACGUCCUAGCGACGAAGCUAGCUCAACCACUCGAUCUGGUAGUUGAGGAAACACUGUCGGAGAAAAUUUACCUGGAAGUAUCGGCCGACCUGAUCAAGGAACGUAUCAACAACACCAGCCCUAGUCGUCCACCAAACCCUGCCGGUGAAGGACCAUCCAAGUAA